AUGUUGUUUAACAUCGCCACUCUUUUGGCUCUUGCCCCUUCUGUUCUCUCAGCAGUCACAGACAACAGUGCUCAGAAGAAGCGCAAUGUCGUCCCUGGUGGAUAUAUUGUCGAGUUCGAGGAUGUCAUGUCCAUUGCUUCGGAUGUGCGUGUCGAUGAUUCAGCUGCUAGACUUACCAUUGACAUGUUCAACAGNACCAAAUCCAGUUUCUAUUCCGAACUUUCNAGAAAAAAGAUGAACCCUACUCACCGCAUGGACCUCUCGUCAUCGCUGUUCAAAGGACUUUCAUUCCAUGUUGAUACUGGUCUUGACCAGGCUGUAGUUGCUUCAGAUAUCCAAGCUAUGCCUGUCGUACGCAAGGUCUGGCCUAUCUCACUAUAUGAUACUCAAGAUUUCGCAACCGCUCCUUACACCAAUGGAUCAAACUCUACAACUUCUCCUGAUACCUUCUCUACCCAUCUCAUGGGUCACGUCGACAGACUACAUGCUGAAGGUUUGACUGGAAAUGGAACUUUCGUCGCUAUCAUUGACACUGGCAUUGAUUAUCUUCACCCUGCUCUCGGCGGCUGCUUCGGUCCGGGCUGCAAGGUUGCCUACGUACGUAAUNNUCGAUUGAGACUAGAGAACACUUGCUUACUUUUGAAGGGUUAUGAUCUCGUUGGUGAUGAUUAUGACGGUACUAACACUCCUGUGCCCGAUCCUGAUCCGUACAGUGCUUGCAACGAGCACGGCACCCACGUUGCUGGUAUUGUGGGAGCUGAUCCCAACCCCUACAACUUCACUGGAGUUGCGCCCGAUGCAAUCCUGGGUGCAUACAGAGUGUUUGGAUGCUCUGGAAGUGCCGGUGACGACGUUUUGAUCGAUGCUUUUACCCGUGCUUACGAGGAUGGAGCGGAUAUCAUCACUGCCAGUAUUGGUGGCCCUAACGGCUGGACCGGUAAGCCAUCUUAUGAUGCUUAG